AGUGUGUUGUAGAGAGAGAGAAAGAAGCCAAGUACAACGUGGGAGUGCCGAGUUACAUAUCAACAGUAGCCGAAUCUCCCAUUCCCCAAAAAGGCGAAAAGUGAUUCUUUUAGGGUUUCCGAACCGGACGGAGAUGGCGACUCCGCAACCGAAACGCCUCGCGGUCACACCGACUUCUGCUCGGCCUUUGUCGAUUACGCCUGGUUCUAGGAUUUUGAAAACCCCUCUCAGCGAUGAAACCAUCUGGAAGCGCCUUAAAGAGGCCGGUUUCGAUGAGGAUUCGAUCAAACGGAGUGACAAGGCUGCGCUCAUAACCUAUAUUGCAAAGCUUGAAGCUGAGAUCUUUGAACACCAACACCACAUGGGCCUUCUUUUAUUGGAAAGAAAGGAGUUGGAUUCCAAGUAUGAGCAGAUAAAAAUCUCUGCAGAAACAGCUGAAAUAAUGCGGGUGUGUGAUCAAGCUGCACACCUAGCUGCUUUAUCUGAGGCAAGGAAACAAGAAGAGAGUCUGAAGAAGGCUGUAGUCGUCAAGGAUGAGUGUAUAGCAAGCCUUGAGAAAGCCUUGCAUGAGAUGCGUGUGGAAUCUGCUGAAAUAAAGGUUGCAGCUGAGACGAAAUUGGCUGACACACGCACUAUGGUAGAGGAUGCUCAGAAGAAGUUCACUGAAGCGGAGGCAAAGCUGCAUUCAGCAGAAUCUUUGCAAGCAGAAGCGAGCCGGUGUAACAGUGCUGCAGAAAAAAAGCUGCAGGAUGUUGAAGCACGCGAAGAUGACAUUAGGAGGCGUAUCAUAUCUUUCAAGUCUGAUUGUGAUGAAAAGGAGAAAGAGAUCAUUCUUGAGAGGCAAUCUUUGACUGAAAGGCAGAAAGCUUUGCAGCUUGAACAGGAAAGAUUACUUGAUGCGCAAGCUUUGCUAAACCAGAGAGAGGAUCACAUUUUUAGUAGAUCUCAGGAUAUAAAUCAACUUGAAAGAGAGAGAGAGGAUUUAAAGACGAAUAUCAAGAAGGAACUUAGAGCUCUAAAUGAUGAGAGAUCUGAUCUGGAGCUGGCUAAGGCUUCCCUGUCAAGAAGGGAGCAGGAUAUCAUUAAAAAGGAAGCUUUGCUGAACAAGGAACAGCAAGGCCUUCUUGUUUUACAGCAAAAAUUUGCGAGCAAGGAAUCGGAUGAAUUACAAAAAGCCAUUGCCAAUCAGGAAAUUGCUUUGAGAAAAAGGAAGUCUGAAUUUGAAGCUGAGCUGGAGAUGAGGCGAAAAUCAAUUGAAGAAGAAAUUGAGGCUAAGAGUCGGGCUUGGGAGUUGAAGGAGAUGGAUCUUAGGCAGCGGGAGAACCUAAUAUGGGAAAGGGAACGUGAGUUGGAGGUUGAAUCAAGGACUUUGUCAGAUAGGGAGAAAGAAGUGGCAGAGACAUUAAAUCUACUUGAUGAGAAAGAAAAAUGCCUUAGUGCUACUGAGAAGGAGUUUGAGCUUAAUAAGGCUAAUUUGCUAGAAGAAAAAGAAGAGGUUAAGAAAAUGAAAGUAGAGCUUCAAAAGGCACUGGAUUCAUUGGAAGACAGAAAGAAGCUAGUUGAUUGCGCACAAGAGAAGUUAGAGGACAUGAAAACUGAAACGAGUGAGUUAUCGGUUCUGGAGAUGAAACUUAAAGAAGAAAUAGAUAUUAUUAGGGCUCAAAAAAAUGAGCUUUUGGCUGAUUAUGAUAAGUUGAAAAUAGAAAAGGCUAAGUUUGAAUCUGAAUGGGAGUUUAUUGAUGAAAAAAGAGUAGAGUUACGGAAAGAAGCAGAACACGUAGCUGAAGAGAGACUGGCCUUUUCCAAGUUUAUUAAGGACGAACAUGAUAGCCUUAGACUGGAAAAAGUUGCAAUGCGAGAUCAGUGUAAACGUGAUAUUGAGGCACUAAACCUUGAGCGGGAAGACUUUAUGAAUAAGAUGGUGCAUGAUCGUACUGAGUGGUUCAGCAAGAUGCAACAAGAACGUGCAGAUUUCUUACUGGAUAUUGAUAUGCAUAAGAGGGAACUGGAGAAUUGUUUUGAAAAAAGACGUGAAGAAUUAGAGAGUGAUUUGAGGGAGAGGGAGAAAGCCUUUGAGCAAGAAAAGAAAAAUGAACUUCAGUGUCUAAGCUCUCUCAAGGAAAAAGUGGAGAAGGAGCUGGAACAGGUUGCUUUAGAAAUGAAGAGGCUCGAAACUGAGAGAAUUGAUAUAAAUUUUGAACGUGAACAAAGAAACAGGGAGUGGGCAGAGCUAAAUAAUUGCAUUGAGGACCUUAAGGUCCAAAGCGAGAGAUUAAAAAAGCAAAGAGAGCUCUUACAUGCAGAUAGAGAAGAGAUUCUUUCCCAGAUUGAAGACCUUAAGAAGCUGCAGGAUUUGAAAGUUGCUUCAGAUAGUGUUGUAGUUGCUGAGUUGCAAAAAUCUGGUUCCAAACCAAGCCAGCGGAAGACUUCCACAAAAAGAAUUUUGCAGCAGCAGACUCUUCUACAAAAGGCUGACUCACAUAAAGAGACAGAUAUUACCGACAUUAGCAGUGUGCUCGAUUCUCCAUCUAAGGGUGAUAUGGAUGGUGCUUCUAUGCAAAACUCUGCUCGUUACUCUUGGAUUAAACGCUGCACGGAAUUAAUAUUCAAACGUUCUCCUGAUAAGACUCCUGUGAAGUAUGAAGAAAGGUCUUUAACAUCUGACCAUGAAAAUGCAAGCAACAGGCAAAACUAUGUGCGAGAGAAGUCAAACAGAAUUCUCAGCGAGAGACAACAGGUGAGAUAUGCACUUGGUGAGCCAAAAGUGAUAGUUGAAGUGCCCACUGUUGGUGAGGUUGUAAAAGAAGCAAAUUAUACUGAAUCUCAAAUCAAAGAAUAUGCCAGUGAAAGGAGUGCCCCUUCAAUUUCUGAGCAAGAGCUUCUGGCUAGAAGGAAAAAAAGAGUUAUUCCCUCUAAAUCCAAUGACGGUGUUAAUUUACAACUAGAGAAAACACAGAACAAUAAGAAAAGGAGGCAACAAGAAGAUGGCCCUGCUCAAUGGGCCUCUACUGAGAGUGUAAUUUCUUCCCAACAAAAUAUUCCUGAGGAUCAGCGCGUAUUGUCAUCCUCUCAGACUAAUGAAGGUGCUGAAGAGGCCGGUGCAUUUUUUGUAGAUAAAAUCAUGCAAAUCUCAGAAGUGACUCUUGAGACAACCAGCACUCACAACUUCACAAAUGAAGACAAAUUAGACAGCCUGUUGAAUCCUGUUGGAGAAUUGGAGCUGGACAUUUCUCCAGAUGAAGUAAUAAAUAUUUCUCCAGAUCAAGGAGUAAAUGGUCAUGCAAAUUCUUCACAUGUACAGAAUGGUGUCUUUCCCUGUUGCCCCAAGGCACCAGAAAAUCCACAGGAAGUAAUUCAUGUUGGGCAUGAUAGUGAUCAUUUUCAGUCUCAAUGAAGAGAGACCAGACGAGUAAACAGGAAGUUGAACAUCAUGGUGCUGCCAUAUUAUAUUGAAAAGGAUAUCGUCGAGCAUAAGUUGUGGACAAGGUCAAAGCAGAAGUAAAAUAUUUUUGGCUUUUUAUUGGAUGCACCUACGGUUUAUAUACUGCAAUGGAUAAAAUCUGUGUUCUUCACUCCUUUAUGAGUUGCUUAGGCUGGUAACAUCUCUUCCUCUUACAAGUGGGAUAAAUAUCAUGUAAAUGAUCCCAGUCGGCAGUCGGUGUGAUAUAUUGGGAAAUUUGUAUAUGAUUUGUGUAAUCUUUUAUUGGCUUUGUAUGUGCAGUUUUCUUCUAGAGCUGGUGAGGAUUGCUGAUAUUUGUAUUGAAAUAGCCGUAGGGUAGUGUUUUAGGCUUUAGCAUGCAUUUGUUAGAAUGGUCUCCUUUAGUUUUAUGGGUUGUAUGCUUUGCUGUAUUUUGAACUGUUAAUGUGAUUCUUGUU